AUGAAAUUACGAAUGUUUUUAUCGCAAGGAUUUGGUUCAAUAUUCUGCUACCUCUUAUUUUUAUGUGGCUGCUUUUCAACUACUGCCUCGUUAGACGCCGCUGAAGCAGACAGUGGCGUUGAAGAACUAGUACUCAGGGCAGGAUUAAGUCUAGAUAUAUCCGCAGGGACAGCUGUACUCAAGAACGAAUCCUAUGCUAUGGGCGCGGGUCUUCAAGAACGCACGAAUGUCAAGAUCUGCCUGAACACCGUAUAUAAUUCUCUUAAAUGGAUGAUAGGUGAUGGCUGGCAGUACCUUGACUGGGAGAAGGUGCUACCCAAAGUGGCCCACAUCAUCCACAUGUAUUCAGCAGAGAAGACAUGCGGGGUGGGAACAAGUGUUUUCAAUGAUAUUAAAAUGAUAUACACUAAUACAGGCCAGAACUGUGAUACUACAGCCGAAGAAUCUACUAUUGAGGGUGCUCUUGACAAAGCGUUCGGUAACUAUGUUAGGUUUAAUAAGGCAGGGAUCUGGUGUAUGGAACUCACACAUGGGGGUUCAUGGAAGGGGUUUCUGCUGAUAGGGCCGAACGAGGAUUGGCCCAGUUACAUCUGGUGUGGCGAUGGUGGGAAGAACACUUGUGUAUCCGGCGGGAAAGGAGACAUAUCUUGGCUGCCAAGCAGAAGUGAUAACCUAGUUGUCGUCGACAGCAAUACCACGAUAGGUAUGCAUCACGGAGGAUUGUUCUACAGCAACACCACACUCCAGCAUCUAUAG